UUGCCAGAGUUGUCACUGAAUCGCACACUUAUAAAACGACUGUUUCAUAAACGGCCGGUCGGAUCAGCGGAUCUCGCCAAGUUUCCACACGUAUUAUUCACACGAAAUCUACUGCACUUGGAUCGUUAACUGUAUAGAUUGAUUGUCAGCAGCCACACUUAACACAAAAGAAGAGGGAGAAGGAGGAAGAGGGAGAAGAAAGAGAAGGAGAAGAAGGAGUGGUGAAUCGGAAGUGCUGGAAUGUUUGUCCAGUCAUCACCAAGAUGUCUCCUGAUUUUGGCGGCUCUAAUAAUCGGUUGCCACUGCUACCACGAUGCAUGGAGGAGGCCUGGAUGUCAUAAAGUCGGUCACACAAGGACGAUCAGCAUCCCGGACUGCGUGGAGUUUCCGAUCACGACGAACGCGUGUCGCGGCUUCUGCGAAUCGUGGUCGGUGCCGUCCACCCUGGAGACUGUGCUCACCAACCCACACCAGGCGGUCACCUCCAUCGGCCAGUGCUGCAACAUCAUGGACACCGAAGAUAUUGAGGUCCGAGUUCUCUGUCUAGACGGCACUAAAGACCUGGUCUUCAAGUCAGCUCGGAGUUGUUCCUGUUACCAUUGUAAAAAAGAAUAAGGAUUGUCAACUGAUCAUCGAUAUAAAAGGAAAUUAUUAUUAUAAAAUACAGUACUUUGAUAUAUAUUCAACAAAUUGAUUUGGAAUUUGGCAGUAUUAAUUUGUACUCAAUUGUACACCAGAAUAAGCAAAUCCCAUACAAAUUAUUUGUAGCCUCCUCAAUCAAUCAUCCCUAAACUGACAAUAUCGAAUCAUGAUUCUUGAUGUUUUCCGAUGGCCUCAUUCAUGAAGAACAACGAAGAUUUGAAUUGUAAUUGUCAAUUCAAAUUAUAUCGCCUGAUUUAAUACCUCUGUUAAAAUAGAGAUAAAAGUCAGUGUCUAUUCACUAUAUAAUAUUAUCAGUGUUAUAAAUAUAAAUAAUAAUCAUUAUUAAUUUUGGAAUAACAAUAUGAGUUACCUAUUCCUAAGAAUUGAAGUUCCAUUCUCAUAAUUAAUGGCAUAUUAGGAAAAAUUUGAAUAAUAAUAUUUCUAUGAUUUAUUAUGUGAGCCUACUUUUGAAAUUAAAAUAUAACUUGCAAUGAGUUGAUUUAUCCUGUUGAAAUUAUUAUCGUUAUUCCUUUCAAUUUCCCCAAUCAAGAUUAUGCCUCAUUUUGCUGUUAAAGUGUUGAAACAGAAAAUGAUAUUUUUUUUAUAAAUUAUUAUCCUUAGAAAAUAUCAAACAAAAGCAGCUUAUCGCUUAUGAUAAUAAGUUCCUACAGAUGUUACAGAUGGGAGAAUUUACAUUUCUAUUGUUCGAUAAUUAUUAGACUACUUCCACCAUAUAUUUUUCUCCCUCCCCGAAAAGUAUUAAUUCAUAUACAAAGGAAUUAUGUUACCAUUGAAUUUUUCGAUAUCAUAUAUUCUAUUUUUUGAUGUAAAUUAUCAUACUGAUGAUGUAAAUAUUUCUAUUUGUAAAUAAAGUAGAAUUGUUCUCAUUGGUAU